AUGAGCUGUACUUCGGGUCUCGACUCCCCCCCCCUUGCCUACUCUUGCGAUGCUCCAUGCCUUCUUGGUCCGACGCUGCCCCUCAGGCUGACCGCUUCUUCUUCGUCCCCUAGGCCCUGGCAACGGGCGACUCCACUGGAAGAGGCUAGUCCUUGCCUGAAUCCACCGCCACGGGUGCCGAACAGCCCCCAUGGACCGGCAGAUGGUAGCAAAGGCAGGCUCUUCGUUUCUUUGGACAACUUCUCGAUUAAACAGGAAAGCGCAGCACUUCAAAAGUCAUCUUCUGGUGCAUUCACACAAAUUGCCACUUCGCUCGGCCCAUUUCAGCUGGAAGGUGCCAUGUGCAUUGAGCAUGCGGACAGCAGAUCAGACAAUAUUGAUGGGAUCAACACUGCCUGGGGGCUAUCCAAUGCUUUCUGUGAAAGAUCUCGGCCAACGCCAAUCAUGACGGAUGCCUCCAAACGCUACGACGAUAGCGAUCGGCAACUUAGUGAUCCUAAGACCUACAGCCGCCUCUCGGUCGGCCCAACUGAUCCUAUCCACUCUAGGGAGAAGGCGACGUCAAGGUGUGCACUGGAAAAGCCGAUCUUGACAGCUGCCCUAUCCAAAGUCUCCAUAACCCCCGUGAAGAUGAGUCGGGCAGCAACCUCACCUGCCGAAAAUGCUGGCAUUUUCCGAGUUCCUCUGACCUCGGACGGUCUGCCCACGAGUGAGUCACGGGCGGCAACAGGAGACUUGUCACAUCCCAAAGACUAUGCAAAAUUGGCCCCAGUCACGUCGGUCAGACCCUCUGUUACCAGCUGUUCAGACGUAAUGUUGUCGUCGAGGCGUCGGCAUGGUGGCGAAUCACUUGUUCAUACAAUCACCAUGGCAACAGAGAAUAACAUUAGACCGUCCGUUCCCAGUUCAGGGACAGCCAGUCUGCAGUUCCCUGAGUCCAAUUCGCCCCCACCUGGACGAGCGGAUCUGUCACCGACUCACUGUCCCUCUAUCCCCACGGUCCUUCAUCGCCAUCACUUUCUCAAGCAACCACCUGCCCCCUCUGUUGAUGGUCGAAUGGAUGCUCGACGAACCGCCAAGACAAACUGUUCUGACGGGACAAGAUACCAACGCACAGAAGACACCGUUCUACCAGAUCCACCAGCCGUUGCUAUGGUUGCACAUAGAGAUACAACCUACCAUAUUGACGGUCAGACAAGCCCAAGCAACCAAGCCAGCCUCUUGUCUACAGCCAUGGUCACCAGCUCAGCCUCCAUAUCUCCCUCCUCAUUGGCUUGUCUGUAUCCAUCCGGCGAUCUAUCUGACUCCUUGACUGGCCUGGAAGCUGCCAACACUUCUGAUAUUGUUAACUGGAUUGACGCAUUCGAGAAAAGUUUGUUGGGGCAGCAACUGGUACAGAAUGAUGUACUGGCUUCGUGUGACGCCCUAACUCAGAGCCAACGCCUAGACUUGACAAUGCACUACAUCAAGCCCGAGCAUAGUCAGCAUUCAACUCAAUGCGUGCAAUCGACGAGUGAAGAGGUCGAAUUAAUGUUCACCACGUUGGAGCCAAAGUCAAAUCAGUUGAAGUACGACGAGAGGGGAAUAAACCAAACCUCUGAACAGGAAUUCCCUGUAGACAAGGUGGUGGAAGACAGUUUCAACUCAGACCAUUGGUUUCAACUGGAGGAUUUAUUAGACCCACUUGAUCCGGCUUUCCUAAAUUUUCUGGAUGAAAAUGACCAAUUUGGCAUAAACCUGUCCGCUCGAAGUGACCAUGUAAGUUGA